UCCCACCCUCCGUCCCCGCCUCGCCUCCUCCUCCUCCACCCCAUUUCCCCAAAGCCUCGACUCGAUCGAUCCCGUCUCCUGCCCACGCUCGGCCUCCCCCGAGGAGAUCAGGCCACCGUGCGGUGCAGACAGGGCUCGCCGGCCGUCCUCGCGCGCGCGGGAUUGUGUAGCUACCGUCUCUCUCGGCUCGCAGGCGUACGUCAUGGCGCAGCGGGACAAGAAGGUGGAGGAGCCGACGGAGGUGCACCUGCACGCCGCGGAGAUCACGCUCUGCGCCAACAGCUGCGGCUUCCCGGGCAACCCGGCCACCAAGAACCUCUGCCAGAACUGCUUCCUGGCGUCCUCCUCCUCGCCGUCGCCCUCCGCCGCCUCGCCGCAGUCUCCUUCCUCUUCGCCCGCGGCGUUCCCGCUCUUCGACAAGCCGAGGCCGGCCGCCGCUGCGUCGCCCCUGCAGGCGGCGCCCGUCUACAUGGCCGUCGACCGGCCAGCCGCCGGGCCGGCGGACCCGAAGGCGUCCAAGUCGUCCGUCAACCGCUGCCACAACUGCCGGAAGCGCGUUGGCCUGACAGGAUUCCGCUGCCGGUGCGGCGAGAUGUUCUGCGGCGCGCACCGGUACUCGGACCGGCACGACUGCAGCUACGACUACAAGUCGGCGGCCAGGGACGCCAUCGCCAGGGAAAACCCCGUGGUGCGCGCCGCCAAGAUCGUUCGGUUCUGAUCAACAGGACACCACGUCUACGCGUACCCGGCGAAAUCUGAAGCAGCAGAACCACUCUUUUCCUUUCUUUCCUUUGAAAAAUUAAAGGCGUUCGCGAGAGUUUCUUAAAGGUGAAAAAAAAGGAGAGGAAGGUGAAAGAUUGCGAUGGGGCAGCCACGACGAAGAAACAGUGCGAUGAUAACGUUGUUGUUGUAGCGGUGGUUGGCGGUGGAUAGGAGAUGAGGAGGAUGGGGUUGGUGUGUACUGUUGUCCCACAAUCUCUAUUUAAUUCAAAUUUCCCUAUUGUAUAAAUUAUUAUUAUUAUCAUUUCUAUGAUGCACUAUUCGUUAA